AUGGGUAGCGUCGACGCCUCGGAGAGGACGGCCACCGGGUGGGCUGCCAGGGACGCCGACGGCCACCUCUCCCCCUACACAUACCCCCUCAGGAAAACAGGGCCUGAAGAUGUGCUGGUGAAGGUUAAGUAUUGCGGCAUCUGCCACACUGACAUUCACCAGGCCAAGAACCACUUUGGGAUUUCCAAGUACCCCAUGGUCCCUGGGCAUGAGGUGGUAGGCGUGGUGGAGGAGGUCGGGCCGGAGGUGAGCAAGUACACCGUUGGCGACAUGGUCGGCGUGGGCGGGAUCGUCGGGUGCUGCCGCAGUUGCCAGCCUUGCAAUGCCAACGACGAGCAGUACUGCAGCAAGAAGAUCUGGACGUACAACGACGUCUACACCGACGGCAGGCCGACGCAGGGCGGCUUCUCCUCUGCCAUGGUCGUCGACCAGAAGUUUGUGGUGAAGAUCCCAGCCGGGCUGGCGCCGGAGCAGGCGGCGCCGCUGCUGUGCGCCGGCGUGACGGCGUACAGCCCGCUGAAGCACUUCGGCCUGACGACCCCAGGCCUCCGCGGCGGCAUCCUGGGGCUGGGCGGCAUCGGCCACCUGGGCGUGAAGCUGGCAAAGGCCAUGGGCCACCACGUGACGGUGAUCAGCUCGUCGGGCAAGAAGCGCGCCGAGGCCAUGGACGAGCUGGGCGCGGACGAGUACGUCGUCAGCUCUGACGGGGACCAGAUGGCCGCCGCCGCCGACUCGCUGGACUACAUCAUCGACACCGUGCCCGUGGACCACCCGCUGGAGCCCUACCUGGCGCUGCUCCAGCUGAACGGCAAGCUGGUCCUGAUGGGCGUGACCCCGGCGCCGCUCAGCUUCCUGUCCCACCUGGUGAUGAUGGGGCGGAAGACCAUCACCGGCAGCUUCAUCGGGAGCAUGCAGGAGAUGGAGGAGGUGCUCCAGUUCUUCGCCAGCAAGGGGCUCACCUCGCAGAUCGAGGUCGUCAAGAUGGACUACGUUAACCAGGCGCUCGAGAGGCUCGAGCGCAACGACGUCAGGUACCGCUUUGUCGUCGACGUCGCCGGGAGCAACAUUGACGACGCCGCCUGA